CUUUGGCCCCUCGAUCCGCUUGCAUCUGUAUAACUCCCGCCGGAUUUUCCCCUUAUCGAAUUGAUUGUCCAAGCGGAACGUCUCUUUGCCGCCUAUCUACCCGACAUCUUUCCAUUUCCUACCUUCAGCCAUGCAUAUCAUCUACGCUCCUGAGGAGGCCAUGAACCGCGACGGAAAGGCUUUCGAUGAAGUCUCCGACGCCGUCGAUGAAGUCAACGUCCUUAAGUUGAAGCAGAAGCAAGCAUGGGACGAGAAGUCUAAGUUUGACACUGAGAAAGAUAAGGCCACGUUCAGGAAUUACGAGGAGGCUUGCGACCGCGUCAAAAACUUCUACAAGGAGCAACACGAGAAGCAGACCGUGGACUUCAACAUCAAGUCUCGUGUUGAAUUCAAGCAGAAGAAGAGAGCCCGUAUGGGUAUCUGGGACGCCAUGGAGAUGCUCAACAAGCUUGUGGACGAGUCAGACCCCGAUACAAGCGUUUCUCAGAUCGAGCAUCUGCUCCAGACCGCCGAGGCUAUGCGUCGCGACAACAAGCCGGACUGGAUGCAAGUCACCGGUCUCGUCCACGACCUUGGCAAACUUCUAUUCAUGUUCGGGUCUGAGGGACAGUGGGAUGUCGUCGGCGAUACCUUCGUCGUCGGCUGUGGCUUCUCCGAGAAGAUCAUAUACCCCGAGACGUUCAAGGGUAACCCAGACUACAAUGACCCCGUCUUUUCGUCCGAGUAUGGGAUUUACCAGCCGCACUGUGGAUUGGACAACGUUAUGCUUUCAUGGGGACACGAUGAGUACCUCUACCACGUCCUCAAAGCCCAAAGCUCCCUCCCCGAGGAAGGUCUCGCCAUGAUCCGCUACCACAGCUUCUACCCAUGGCACCGCGAAGGCGCCUACGCCCACCUCACGAACGAGAAAGACCUCAAAUCCCUCGCAGCCGUGAAAGCGUUCAACCCGUACGACCUCUACUCCAAGGACGAUGACCCCGUCGACCCGGUCAAGUUGAGGCCGUACUAUGAGGGAUUGAUCGCGAAGUACUUCCCUGAGGAGAUUGACUGGUAGAUGGAGGGGUUUCCUUGGAGUGGUGGUGGCGGGAAAUAGACGGUGGCAGCAUAUGAUGGCGAUUCGGGAUGUAAAGCGGGUGCUUUCUGUAUGAUCUGUGUAUAUUAGACGAUUUCGUUCUUUUUUCUCCAUUUCCUUUCGACAUGUCUCUUGCUUGUUCUCGUUCUCGUCCUCGUUACACCUUAUAUAUAGAUGUUGAGACGCCUAACACAGCCAGCGGUUGUUGUCUCUACUCUCG